UUCUGAUUAGGUCGUGGGUCGUGUCGCGCUUGAUGAGUAAAAAACGAGCUAAUAACAAAGUUAAUUCGAAAUGAACGUGACAAAACCGCUCGGGUGCGCUCUGGCUAAUUCGGAAUUGCAUUGCUAACAGAUUUCUCUCUAGAAACCUUUAAAUACGAGUGAAACAGCGCGUUUGCCUUCGGAAAAAAUUGGGGAACACGUCGCGGAAAGUGCAUCAAGUAUAUACGUAAAUAUGUAUUUCUUCAAUUCCUUCGCCCUUCGCGGUGAGUAGUAUAUACGUAUGUAUUCGAUUCCUUCGCGGCGUAGGCGUCUUCGUCCCCGACCCCCGCCCGUUCCGACAACGCCGGCAGUUGCACUUUAGCGAGCGUCCCUGUGCGCGUGUGGUAAUUUCCAACUGUGAAUGUGAAAUCUAAUAAGCAAUAGUUGUUGUUGGCGUAGUUAGCUAUUACGCAUUGUGCUUAAUUUCAAUGAAACCCACUCCUGGUGGCGAAACCAACCUGAAAUGGAAACAUUUGGGAUCCGUCGGCUGGAGAAGAACCAGCAGCAGCAACAAAAAAACGGCUGCUAGAACCGGGCGCUAGCGAGAGCGAAAGAGAGCGAAGGCAAACAAACGAAACAAGAGAACAAGUAAUUUGAAUCAGCUGUAAGUGGAGCUGCCUCGACAACAGACCCAGCCACACAUUCAGCAUUUUAAAUCACAUCCUCAGCAAUGGUGAUAAGCAAACCCGAUACGACGCCCAAUGGUGCGGCGGGAGGAACGGGCGCAGGAGCCACGGCAGAAUCUGCUACUCCUGGGGGACUCGACGGAACCGGUAACAGUCUGGCGCAUCCAUCGGGGAUACCGCAGGAUCAAAUAGAUAACAUUAUGAGCAGCAUCCACAACACGGGAAACGUCAAGAUGAACAAUCACCGCAAAAAGCUGCGUCAAAGGUUUGAUAUUAUUAAAAAGCUGGGACAAGGCACCUACGGCAAAGUGCAGUUAGGUAUUAAUAAAGAGACUGGCCAGGAGGUGGCCAUUAAAACCAUAAAAAAGUGCAAAAUCGAAGCCGAGGCGGACUUGGUGCGCAUACGGCGUGAAGUGCAAAUCAUGAGUUCUGUUCAUCACCCAAACAUCAUCCACAUCUACGAAGUGUUUGAGAAUCGCGAGAAAAUGGUGCUUGUCAUGGAGUUUGCCGCAGGCGGCGAGCUUUACGACUACCUGUCCGAGCGGAAGGUUCUCGGCGAGGAGGAGGCUCGUCGCAUUUUCCGACAAGUGGCCACCGCUGUCUACUACUGUCACAAGCACAAAAUCUGCCACCGCGAUCUCAAGCUGGAGAACAUACUACUAGACGAGAAGGGUAAUGCUAAGAUUGCCGACUUUGGUCUCUCGAAUGUGUUUGAUGACCAGCGCCUGCUUGGCACCUUCUGCGGCUCACCGCUGUACGCCUCGCCGGAGAUCGUGGAGGGUACCCCGUACCAGGGACCAGAGGUGGACUGCUGGUCUUUGGGCGUACUGCUCUAUACGCUGGUCUACGGCUCCAUGCCCUUCGACGGCUCAAACUUUAAGCGGCUGGUGAAGCAAAUCAGUCAGGGCGACUACUAUGAGCCGCGGAAACCCUCGCGCGCCUCCACCCUGAUCCGCGACAUGCUGACGGUCUGUCCCAAAAAGCGAGCCACCAUCGAGCAGAUCUGCUCUCAUUGGUGGGUGAAUGAGAAUGAUAACGUCUCCUGCCUGGACCUAGCCGAGGACCUGGCCAACCAGACGCCUGUUCGCCUGGACGUAUUGCUCUCCCUCACGCCGUCAGCCAUCACGGCGGACCAGUUGGUGGUGCCGUCAGCAGAAGCAGCUGCUGCGAAGGCUGCAGCCAACGAGCGGGUCCCACGCUCGCACUCGGUUGGCUCGAUCCGGGACAUGGGACCGCCGAACACAGAGGCGGAGCGCCGUAUACUGGACAUGGUUGCCGCCGGAGGAGAAGCAGCCUUGAUGCCCUCGCCUACAAGAACCAUUACUCCUGCCCAGAGUCCUGUGCAAACGAAGAGAAAACUGCAACCCACUGUGUCCAUGGAGAAUGCGGCAGGGACCACGGCCAAGAAGAAGGAGAAACCGGCAAACAGCUCUUUUGUGAUCAGAGCGGCUCCACCGGGAGCAGCUCCAGUAACUGAGGUACCAAAGGCCAUCGUCACACCUGAGGACACGCUAAUGGAGGCGGAUCCGAUGGCCCAUGUUCCGGAGGAAGCGAGCACAGCUCCCAGCUACUCCCAGAAAGACAUGAAAAUGGUCGGCGAUUUAUGCGAGCAACUGAUUGGCGACGGCGUCGCUAACACCAAUAUCCCAUCGGCGGCGGUACCACCAAGUCUAUCAGCUGUUGCCCGCCAGGCCACCAAAGGAAAGCUAGAUGCUGUGGCGGAGAUUCCCGAGGAGAAAGACCCCACUAAAGUGAUAAAGAAGUUUGUAAACAAGCACAAGACGGCCGAUCUGGUCAAUGCCAUUAAUGAGUGCGCCUCCAAGGCCGGAAAGCCAUCAGCUGGAGCUGCACCGCCUCCUCCCUUCGUGCGGAAGUGCAGUCUGCAGGAUGAAUCCACGCUGAACAAUUUCAACGCCGAGCGCCGGAAAUCCCGCAUCCUAGAGACUGCAGAGAAGUUCCAGCCCCCGCCGCCACUGACCCAGAUUGCAGAGAAGCCCAAGAAACUCAGCAUACCUGGUGUCAGUGUAGGCAGCUUUAAGAAGGAGUUCGAGCGAAAGGCCAUUAAUCCUCCGGUCACGGAUAGCCCCACUCCUGGUGAACUGAGAGCUAAAGAGCAGGUGGCAGCCGCUGCUGCUGCUGCGCAGGAAGCCGAGGUCUUGGGAACACCACCCGCAUCGCCAGUGGCUGCCACCAGCCAGUCCCUUGAGGCAAGUGACUCUAAGAAUUCGGUGUCAUCCAUUUCGCUGGACGAGGCGCGUCGCUCCAUGGAGAACUCCAUUGCACUGCUGCUGCAAGCCCAAAACGAAUCCAGCAAGGAGGUCGAUCAGCUGUGUGCCCAGACUGAGACCAUCGGAGUGAACGAUCCCGCGACGGUGGAGGAUCGGGAGCGUAAGUUGAAAAACGCGCGCGCUAUCAUCGGAAAUGCAAUCCAACCGGUGAUACGCCGGCCAACACCGUUUCAUGGCAUCGGCAACGGCUUUGGCAAUGGCAAUGACAUUGGGGGCGGCGGAAUUGUGGGCGGGACAGCCAAGCACGCCCUGAGCGGCAGCAGUUUCAUGGGCUUCAUGGGAGCGGAAGCAAGAGCAGAAGCGGUGGUCACAUCCCCGCCUAUCUUGGCACCUCAGACGGCACCGCCUGUACUGAUCUCGCCCCACGCUCUGGCUGCGGCUAAACAAACGAUACAACAGCGAAUCUUUGGAGGCGGCUGCAACCAGGUGGGACCCGUGAAUCGGAGGCCAUACACCUGGCAGCCGCAGGCUUCCUACAGCACGGCCAGUAUAUUCCAGCCGGAACAGACUGGGCAGGGAACAUCGUUCAAAACGCUGCAAGAGCAGUAUCAGCAGCGGUGUCAGAACCAGGAUCAGGAUCAGAGGACAAGUGCUUUAUUCACGCCGCCCCCGUCGCCGCAGUGCGUCGCCAGCAGCAACACCAACACCAACAGCAGCAGAAACAACAACAACAGCAGAUUCAACCCGAUGCCCAAUGCCAAUUACAAUGUCAAUUCGCGCACGAGACCAUUCAAUCAUAAUCAAGCUCAAGACACACUCAAUACCAAUGCCAGUGCUACAUGUGCCUUCCCUGGGGUCAUGUGGCUCAAAUCCUCGCCAGGAGGUACGGAGGGACCGCCCACUCCUCCGGCAGCGGUAAAGACAUCGACGGCCUCGAUUACUCUAAAAUCAGCCACUUUGCCGCGCCGCAAGAUCAACGCCAAGGCUGAGAUGCAGCUGGACAUUAAACCGAGGAUUCCAGAGCAACCAGCGAUGCCCCAACCGACCAUGCGCUUCAGCACAGAAAUGCAGCAUGCGGUUCCUGACCUGCGUAGCGCCCCGCCACGCGAGGGCCCGAUCCCGUACAGCCCCAUCAAAACGACUCUGCAGGCCAGGGCUACAAGUCUGGAGCCCAAGGAGCACGUCAUAACCAUCCAGAGGCCGCCCACGCAGCACGCCUACGGGCGCACCGGAUCUAACACAACUACGCGUUCCGGUUCUCUGUCACGCCAGUCGACGGUGGAAUCCGAGUCGGAUGCUACUACCACGGUUACAAACUUGUCGCAGGCCACAGUCACCAGCCAGGGCACCUCGCAGCCCAUCAAGAAAAGUCCGAGGGAGUUCAUCAUACCGAUUGCUGUCGAGGGCGGUGGCUUCAUCACGCCGCGGGAGCGUAGCGUUGAGCCCUCGGAAUCGAGUCAGACCACCAGCAGUCGGUCCACCUUUAGCCGCCUGCGUCCGUCGCGUCGCAUCAGCUCACUCCUAAGCGAGGCCGGCUUUGACGAGGGCUCGCCAUUCCAGAAGAUGCGCACCACUUCGAUAACCCGGGAUGGCGGAAGCGGAGGCGUCGAAGAGGAGACCCGCUUCACCCCGCACCGACUCAGGAGCUCAAGGCCUGUUAAGAAAAUUAGUCAGGAAAACGAUUCGCAGAGCUCCAAUGAGGAGGACGACGAUGACGACGAUGGCUUUGAGAUACUCACGGCGGAAAAUCUGUUCUCGACGCUUCUGCAGCGGGUGCGGGCUCUGACGAAUCGCCUGAACGUCAACAGUGACCUGCCUGUAGGAUUCCCCAGCCAUUCUAGUCGCCUGCUCACGGAUAUUUCGCGGCAGGCCCAGAGUCACAGUCCGUUCUGGAGCCAAGGUGGUCCCUUCGCCAGUGUUCAAAGAUCUCAAGUUAGUUAUUCGUUUAGCGAGACGGUUGAGAAAAAGAAAGUUCGCGUGAACAGCAGCAGCAACAGCAGCGGACUGGGCGCACCCUGGCGGCACAGCAUGUCCCGGGACUUGGGCAGCGACAUGGAAUCGAUGUUUUCGCGCACAGGGGCCACGCUGCCAAGAGGUCACCAGGGAUCCAAAGGGAAGCCCAGCACUGCUUCUGCUCAUGUGGAAAGGGGAUCUACCGAGUGUACAACGAAUUCUGCAAACGGUGAGGAGGCUGUGGACUUGGCCGAUCUCGAUCUGUCGCGGCUGAAGCUUAGCAAGAAGGACUUGGCGACCUUGUCUAGCAUAACUCCGGGACUGCCCAAGUGCUUCCAGGAGCAGCUUCUGGCUAAGCUACCGCCCACCCAGGCCCGGAAGCUAUCACGCACUCUGAGCGUUCAGACCGGCGCACCCACCAGUUCUGCCACGCCCAAGACCUACAAGCGCAGUCAGAGCGGGGGCAGGGGCUACAUUCCAGAUCAUCAGCAACAGCAGGACGAAUUGUUGGAUUUCAAGCCGAAAACCGAUGCACCUAAAACCACUUUAGCGAGCACAGCCAUUUACCGGAGAAGCCUUAGCCGCAGCCAGGCGCCCGCGCAAGCCUCGGCACAGGAAGCGGAGAUCAGAUCCACACAGAGCACUAAAUCCAGGAGCAGCAGUGUCUGCAGGGAGGACUAUGGAAAAUCCUCACUGUGCAGCAGUAGCACCUACACCAGUGAAAUCAGCGACAAGUACAAAUACUACUCCCCCUACUUGAGCAAGUCGAGCAACGUAAGUCCAUCGCUUGCUCCAAAAGAUGCUCCGGAGAAGGGCUACAGUGCCGGCAUCGGGCGUCCUCCGAGUGGAUGUCUUUCACCUCCACCUCAACUUCCACAAGUUCCUGCCUCGGAAGGCACCAGCUCCCUCAAAAUCGGACGGUCCUCGCAGCGCAGAAUCUCGCGCUUCCUGCGACCCGACUUCUUCGAUGAUCCCAGAGAUCGGGAAACCCAGAGUAUCCAGAGGGAAAUACGGGAGAAGUCCACCGACCGCCAUGAACAGAGGCCACAGUCUCAGGAUAUGAGGCGGCGAAAGCACAGCUUACCAAAUGUAGAGCAAGCAGAGCCACCUUUAGAACCGGGCUCCAAUCCAUCAUCCAUACGUCACUCGCGUAAUAAAAGCAUGGAACUAUUUCCAGAUCUGCAACCGCAAUCAGCCCAAGAUCCUUUAAAGACUUCUAGUCUCCGCUUACGAAGUGCAUCAAAAUCUCGGGAACCGGAAACCGACCUGGAUAAGCAAGAACUGGCGGACAAGAUACUGCAAGAGCUGCAAAUCCUUUCCGCUGCGAGAACUCAAAGUGACCAAGGCAAGGAGACUGAAAAAACGGUGGAGACUUCUACCAUCAAAAAAGCCAAAAAGGUAAAACCCAAGGAGACCACAGUCGGUGAACUAGAAUUGACCAGAAUGGCAACUGCGACUACGUCGACAACAACGACUUUGGUGCGAAAGGUCAAGAAGGUCACCAAAAAGGAGGAUGAAGCCACAAAUGCGGAUAAUUCUGAUUUGGCGAGCUCUGCUUCCAGGGAAACCAAGCUGAAGAGGCCCAAAUCGUACCCCAUGAAAGAUUUAGGACUGAGUAUGAAGUCUCCCGCAGACCUGGCUGAGCAGACUUCCUCAAUCCUGCCCAGCAAACUGCCCAGCAAACUACCCUCGGUCGUGCCCAAUGAAUCUGGGUCUGCGGAGGCUGCUACUCGAGAGAGUCGAUUAAUGAGACCGAAAAGCUACCCGACCACGAAGUUGGCAACUCCCAAAGAGCUGCGCAAGGUCACGCGAAGCGGAGUAGCUAUACCCACAAUAGCGGAAAGCACUCCAGCUCCAUCGGUUAUGACCACACCUACUAGUUCCAAGUCCACAUCUGAGGAGAAAUCACCGUCGGCCACGCCAACUGGAACUAUGACGACGGUUACGGAUGCGAAGGACACUGGAUCCUCUAGCGACUCACGCCCCACCACCAUCAAGAAGAUUAUAAAAGUAUCUAAGAAGUCGAAGCUGGUGCCUCCCACACCACUUACACCCACUCCGCCGACAACCACGGCGACAACCACUCCCGUGGACAGCUCCAAGGAGUCCAGUCCAGUGAUUAAAGUAAAGGAAAAGUCGCCUGAUAAAAAACCCAGCAAGGGCUUGCUCUACGCACUGGGCCAGAAGUUUGAGAGGCUACGAGAUUCCGCGAUGAGCAAGGAGAAAAAGAUGGGAUCCACCGGAGCUGCUGCUUCUCUGGCCUGCACCCAAAAGCAGGGAUCACCUGAGAAUCGCAUUUCACCGCAUAAAUCAAAGAAGAAAGUCCCCGAUACAGAGAAACCUUUGGAAGAAGACAAGCGAGUGGAUAAAAGAUCCCGUUUUGACAACAUUCUGCGAUCCCUGAGGGAAAGAUCAGUACCAAGAUCUCAGCCCAAUGGAAGGAUUAUGCGUCUCAAGAGGGCGGCUAGCUUUGAGGAACUUCACGCGGGCUCCCAAGAGGGUCAGGGUAGAUCAGAAGGGGCAGUGAACAAGAUGCUCGGUGGCUUUCUUCGCCGCUUCGAUAAGGAGAGUAGCUUACAACGGCGGGUUCGGAGUACACGGUCCACCAGCAACAUUGAGCGACAGGUUCGGGAGGAGCAGGAUCUGGAUGUCUCGCUACCAGCCUCGCCCAUCUACCAAAAUGUGGUGAAGGCCUUAAAGGCGAAAGCAGAUCCAGCUCUCCCUCAAACCAGCGAGCAGAACUGUAACUGCGAGACGGCCUGUCCUGAUUGCAGUCAAAACAAUAGGCAGACUCUUCAAACCUCCAGCAAUGCGCCGCCGUCAGCUGCGGCAAUCAACAAGGAGAAGCGCAAAGGGCUAAUGCUGGAUUUAGCCAGCGCCAACGGGUCAGGCAACGCCGCUCCCGGCUCGUUGUCCACUGCUCCUGCGACGACAAACGGCAGCAGCUACCGAGGAGCCAACACAAAUCCAACUUUACUCAAUGGCAACACGGGACUGGUCAUCUACUCUAACCUGCCACCCUAUCCGGGAACCACCAAAAGCGCUAGCUCCAACAAUAGCUCCAGCCAGCAGUCUAUGGAGAACGCCACCAACAACAACUCGACUAACACAAACCACAACUGCAGCUCCCAGACCUCCGGCUACAGGACCUCCUCGGCUCACGAAAUCAAUCGGAACAAUACGCUGCUCACGCCCUCCUUCGAGAACAUUGCCAACUACUCGUCGGACUCGCACAGCUAUCAUGACGACUGCGCCUCCACCUCUACGUUCCUCUCACCCACCGAAGAGCCGGAGUUGUACUUUGACAACUGGUCUAUAUGCUCCGAGGACAACUAUAUGCUCCACACUACGCCUUCACCCACGGUGUCUCGUCUAUCUCGGGCGUCCCUGUCCUCGCCCACGCGCUACUCGGAGAGCUCUGAUCCCAACGAGAGUGUGAUCGACCGGAUUAAGAGGCGUAGCUUCUAUAGCCGUUUUAACGAACAGAAGAAACCGCGUCGCACCAGCAGCAUUGUGGGUCCAUCGGCGGUAAGGGACUACUACCGGGAGCAGCAUGCAGCGGUCAAGGCCCGCUCCAGUCACAAGCUGCACGCCACGGAUCUAGAUCCGCCGCCGGUUCGAGCUCACUCUCCGGACAUAGCCCAGCAGUUCUUCAGGCCCCUGAAAUUGAGUCCCGUAGGAACGGAGCUCAAGCCUCCUGUUUACCGCUCUCCUCUAGACUACUCCUCCUCCUCGGGAGCCUCUGGAUCCACUACCAAGCCGAGGAAGAGCCUAAAUGACAUUCGGAAUACCUCGCCCUCGUUUCUCAGCAAGCGCUAUGAGACGCACGACUACAGCUCCGUGCCCAUGCGCUACAAGAGCUCAUCGAGCUCGAGUCCUAGCAAUGGGGCGAUCGCCAGUGGCUACUACAACACCUACAAUCCGAAAAGACGAUCUUCGUACACAAUAAAUGCUAGCCUGCCUACCACCACCAGCACAAGCAGCGGCGCAGCAAGCAGCCACCUGGAUAGUUAUGCAACCUUGGGUAGACGAUCCAUCCGGUCGUAUGACCAUAGAACGAUGUCCCUACUUGAGCCCCCGACGGCCAGCCGGAGCGGCGAAGGCAGCUCCUCCUACCAGCGGAGGGAGACGCGUACUCCCGUUCGAGAUUACACAUCCAGCAUUUCCAGAUCCGGAUCGCGCUAUCGCACUUCAUCUGCCACUCGCAGUCCUACAAAUAUUUGAUGUACCACACCGCAGAAUGGCUUCUGCAUCUUCUGUUAUUACUCCAAACGAAAGAAGGCGCCUUCUGGAUACGGACUAGGAAGCGGCCACGGGCAAAGCCAUGGCCAGGUCAUAAUCAAGCCGCCCAACACAACCGCCUCGUCA